GUUGUGCCCCGCCGCGCGGCGGUACGCUGACGAAAAAACAGCGCGAGGUCUGUCGGAAAGAUUCAUUGGGCGGGAACCGGCGGGCACGGGCAGGGUAUUCGAAGAAUUUCGGAGGGAAACGAUAAAUAGUAGAUGGGUAGGUAGUACUAGUAUUUAUUAUGCACGGCGAUGAAUGUGUCGAACCGCCUUGCGCUUCCACAUUCAGCCAUAGAAGAGCGAGUGCGCUGCAGUUGCGAAAAGGGCGUGAGCGUGAGCGCGAAAUAGGGAGAGGGAGAGGGAGAGGGAGACAGCAUGACGAAAGAAGAAGGCUGGCAAGAAGAGAAGCAGCAAGAAGAAAGAAAAGGCUGACGGACGGACGAACGGAAACGGUGAAAAAAAACAACGAAAAAAGGAUUGCCAGUCCGUGCUGGAGGUCAUAGCUGCCAACGUGGAAAACAAUCUCGGUUUCUCUCUCUCUCUCCCCUCCUCCUCCUCCUCCUCCUUCUCCUUCUCGUCGUCAUCAUCGUCGUCGUCGUCGUCGUCCUCUUCUUUUUUCUGUCACGAAGACGCUCGCACUCCCUUUCACGCCCAGCCGCACGCGCGCGUCCUAUACGCACACAGAGAGAGAGAGAGAGAGAGAGAGAGAGAGAGAGAGAGAGAGAGAGAGAGAGAGAGAGAGAGAGAGAGAGAGAGAAGUGAAGAUCGGUGGCGUGCAUCUGCUCUGGUGCAGGUGUCGAUUUUAGUUUUUCCCCUUUUUUUUUUCAAGAGGGAAAAAAUGGGGGAUUUUGACAAGUGGAGGACGAGGAGAUCUCUCUCUCUGUGUCGCUCCUGUUGUCUCUCUCCCUCCCUCUCUCUCUCUCGCUCCUCCUCUCCCUCCCAUUCGGCUUUAGCGGGGGCCAUCGGCAGGGGACGUCUUAGCAGAUUUUCGCUUUCGUUCUCGAGCACCCUCUUCUUGGUUCUGCUUCUCUUGAUCUCGGCGGCUAUGGUUGCCCCAACUGCUUCUCAAGCACCUGGGAGUCAAGCUGGCGAUGGCGAUGGCGAUGGAGUUGGAGAUGGCUCGAGCGAUUGUGGACCGUCGGAUCUGACUGGAUAUGUGUGUGCCAAAUCUAUACCGGUAAAUACUAAUUUGCGUAUCAAGGUACAUUGGGCAUACCCAGUUGGAGAUGAGCUGAGGAUGGCAGUAGUGGCCAACUCGAAUGGUUGGAUUGGGAUUGGAUGGGGAACUCAGAUGGUCCGGUCCCACAGUGUGAUAGGGAUUGACGAAGUUUCAGCAAAGUACUUGACAUCAUAUGAUCCGGAGACUUUUACGGAUAUUCCUACUGGUUUCAUCGAUGUCGCGUCGUCAUCGAUUACGCGGGCAAGUGGGAUCACUACCAUGAAGUUCACACGAUUGACGAAUUUCUCCUCGUCCCUGGUGUAUCUGAACAAUACAUUAUCCUCGAUGAUUUAUGCCAUCGGGGAAUCACAAGCGUGGGCAUCUGUGGGAUGGACAGAGGACGGCAGAAUGAGAGGCGAUGCUGUAAUCGCCGGAAAGGAUGCCACUGUGGGAGCAUAUCUCAUCGAAUCGGAAGACGCGUCGACCAUUGCGCCGAGUACAAGCUUCAACAUUUCAAAAGCAUCGUGGAACGUCACCGACACAAGUACCAUUCUUCGGUUCACAAGACAGGUGGACGAUGGCUCUGUUCCGCCGAACCAGCGAGAUGUCCAGCUCAUGUGGGCCCAUGCCAAGCCAGAUGCUACAGGGUUCAAUUACCACGGGACACAUAAGGAUGCCAUUUCUCAGCCCUUCUGGACACAGGCUUUGACAGAGGCUUCAGCAGGUGCUUCGGCAGUGGCUUCGGCAGGGGCUUCGGCAGGGGCUUCGGCAGGGGCUUCGGCAGGGGCUUCGCCCUCAUCUGUGGAUUCUGCAAAUUCUAUUCAAUCGUCUGCACUCAGCUCCGUAAACCUACCUGGAAACCGAAUACUCCAGUGGUCCAGGCCACCGGCUGGCAGCGGCGCGAAUGACAAGCAGAUGGUCGAGAUGAGUUUCCAAGUUCCUGGAAUAGUGGCGUGGAUGAGCGUAGGCUGGAACCAAAGAGGUAGAAUGGCUGGAAAUUGUGUCCUUGGCAUGACAACUGGGACUGUCACGACUAACAAAAUCGUCUCCAAAUCGCAAACGGGCAUUCUCGCUACGCAGGACUUCAGCAUCGUCAACCCUUCAAUCAACUCUUCCAACGGUGUAACUGUUUUGCGGUUCACCCGGGCUAUCGAUGGCGUUGACUUCACUGAGAAUGGCACUAGUGGGCUGAUCUGGGCGCAUGCACAGCCGGGUAGUACUGGCUUUGAAUUCCAUGGCGACAAUGAGGGUAGCGUGCAGAUUGACCUGGCAUCAGGACAGUCAACGUCAUCUAGCACAAACUCCAACGACUACUACUAUGCCCAUGGCUGGCUGAUGUGGAUUGCGUUCGGCGUACUGUUUCCAGCUGGCGUUUUCUUGGCGCGCUAUGGGAAGCGCUGGGAUCCGAUGUGGUUCAAUGCUCACGUCGCCAUUCAACUCUUGGCUGUGGUCGUCGCGACUGCGGGAUUUAUCAUUGCUGUCAAACAGUUUGACGCAUUGGAUGAAACACAUGGGCGGCUAGGAAUUGCUGUCAUGCUCCUGGUCUGGAUGCAGCCCCUUAUUGGACUAGCAAGGCCUCACAAGGGGACACAGCAGCGGGUGCCCUGGUAUUUCGUCCACUGGCUAUUCGGAACAGGCGCUGUAUUCAUGGGCCUCGUGGAUAUCUUCUACGGAAUCGACUUGCUUGACAAUAACAUUGGUGUUUCCAAGGCGGUCAAAGUGCUGUUCUCCUUGGAGGUUGCUGUCGUCCUUGCAGCCUACCUUCUCUUCAACGAACUGCCAUAUAUCUUGUCGCAAAGCCAAACUCCUCAGCAGAAACUCGCUUCACGAAAUAUUGCUAUGACGAGCCCGACAGAAGGAUAGCGACGCCGAGAUGGUGUGGGGCGCGGCACAUUCAGUCAGGAAACACAGCCACACUCGUGCACUCUUCAUCGUAUACAAAAGACUUGCAGUUCAUCAGCUGGGAGUGCCUCUACGCAUGCUGAACCCGUGGGAGACUUGCGCACGUCCGUCCGAUUUUGCGAUUGGUGCUCGGAAGCAAGUGUUCCGUGUGCCAACUCGCCGCGGCUUGCGAACACGUCAACCCGGCACAUGCAGACACGUGGUGUGCAUCCUUUCUUUUCCUUUGUUGAUGUGCCAACUGGCCGCGGUUCGCGAACACGUCAACCCGGCACAUGCAGACGCAGACGGGUGGUGUGUGCGUCCUUUCUUCUCCUUUGUUGAGUGCUGUUUUGCGGGCACGUUGCGCUUGCCUUGUUGGCCUUUGUUUUCUGUUGUUUCAUGGACGCAUCAGGCUUCCUCUCGCUAACAGCUAACACUUUGUCUGACCGUGGUGUUCUUAGUGCCUCCGACAAUGGCUGUCAGAGCAUGGAGACGACAGGCAAGGCAAUAGUAGUGUCAGAUCGGCAGUGCUUCAGAGGUGUAGAUCUCAGCAGCAGAACAAGGCAGGGCAAAAGAAAAAAAAAAAAAAAAAAGAACAAGGCAGGGCGUGUGUUUUGUUACCCUGUCGUCGGGUUUUCGUUUUGCAGCACUUGGGGGAGGGAGGGUUGUGUGUCUUUUUUGUACCCUUGCGCGCCGGCACUUUAUUUUUUAUUUUUUAUUUUUUUUUAAUGUGAAGCCCCGCAUUUUGCUGGCGGCGCUGAGGGGGGAGAAGACUUUUUAGCACGGACACACACACACAUUUUCUUUGUGGGAAGCCGUCUCCAUGAGAGUGGGUCCAAAACAUACGCCCCGGGCACAGACACACCCUCGCACACACGCACGCACACACACACACACACACACAGACAUAUUGUUGGAGCUGGGUUUUGAACCCAGGCACAGCCAAGGCGUUUCAAAAAAAAAAAAAAAAAAAAAAAACAGGUACGGACCUGGAGUUACCUUCUGACUGAUGAGUUAACCACCGGUUGCUGUCUCAAUUUGGGGACCUGCUUUAUGUAAACUUAUCCGACGAUAAUCCGGUGCGGUGCGGUGAACAUCUCUUCGAGUGCCUUUUUCUUUUUUAUUUUAUUUUAGUGAGAGCUGUUCUCUCAGCUCAAGGAUGAGGGCUGGAGACCUGUCCACCUCUGGUAUAGCCUUAGGCACUGCGCCUGUUUGGUACUUGAUUGAUGUAUACAUUGUAUAGCCUUGGGCACUGGGCCCAUUUAUUUAUAGUUUAAAUUCCGAUGCUUAGGGGGGGGGGGGAACAGAAAAACGAAAAGGGCCAAGAAAAAAAGAAAAAAAAAAAAAACAAUUCAUAGACUCCGCACAAAAUGUGAGACUUUGUUCUCAUGGAGGACAUUAUUUAUGUGCUAGAAGAGGAAAGACACUGGAGUGUUCUCACAAACA